AUGCUCAACUACUCAAAGUCCAGCUCUCCAAACUGUGGAGCUCUGACUCCGUUAAAAGACAAAAACCUCAAUACCAGGCCACGGUUAAUCUCCUUAGAAAGCAACGAUGCGAAAGCCUACAACAUCUGUGGGAGUUCUUCAUCAGAAAGCCCAGGAUUGUUUAAAGACCUAAAAUCUGAAAACUUCAUCAGAGAGAAUCGCCAGCGGACUUAUAGCUUUAAGCUGAAUAGGAACAACGAGGCUAUUGACAAGCUGUCCAUUAUCAGUUAUCGAUGUGUCCAUGAGCGAAAUUCUGUCGGCUUCACCCCUCUUUCCCAUUCGAUAUGUAUUGAUGAAAUAAUGACGUCGGAAGAUGAGCCAGAAGAGGACGCAGGAAUUGAAUUUGACAGAUUUCCUUUUAAUGAUGAUGGCAAUUUUGAAUCAGAAGACGCUGCGAUUGCGUGCUAUAAAUCCAAAUGCAAUGAAAUAUUAUAUAGAAAAUAGGGUUGAGGAAGAAAAAAAGGAUUAAGCUAUAAAUGGAUAGAAAUAGGGAAUUUGUGUUUGGGGAAUAUAGGGGAAAUUAGAGAGAUUGAGAUAAAUAAGACCCCACUUUUUAACAUUCAUCGAGAAAAUGCUUAUAUUACAGAACAAGUUACGGAUUUACAGAUGAGGAUGCGAGGAAUCCGAGAAACUUAUAUGAAAAUCAGCAAGUUUUGUAAACAGUAG